ACCUUCCACCGAUUCCUCACAUUCCUCCCACAUCCCACUCUUCUCCUCGAAAAUCGCCGUUUUAACUCUCUAUUCUUUCCCGAAACCACCCCCUUCUCGCAUUCAUUGCAUUCAUAACGACACAACGUUUCCUGUCUUGCCUCGAAAAUUUCAGGAUACACGAUCACAAACUUCAUCAACUAUCAUCACUACCCUACCCAAGCUACAAGAUGAGCUCCCCGGCUUGGGAUAGUUUUGCUCGGGUGUACAACUGGGUUCUGUCGCAGCAGGCUGCGCAGUACUCUGGUGUUCAACCCGAUUACGCCUCUCCCCCCCAACGCGGAUUCAUGUCUCGACUAGACUACGCCCGUCAACUUGCCCAUUACCGUCACGAUAACCCUGUUGGUCGAGCAGAAGAUGCCAACGAACACGAAUAUCGACAAGAUGUGGAAGCAUAUCAAGGCGAAGUCAUCGAGGUCAAGAGCGAUUACGCCAGUGACUUCGACUAUGACAAUUACGAAAGACCGGCUCCGGCCUCAGACGACUAUCUGUAUGGCAACGCCGACGUGAUCAAUCAUCGCCCAAAUCAGCACCACCAGCAACGCGAAAGACGUCAACCGGAGCCAGACUACGAUGAGGAAGACGAGGCUUUCGAACAGCAUCACAAAAGGCGUCGGAUGUAUUCGGACGAGGACGAGGACGGGGAUGAUGACUCUUAUAUGCCCCGAUACUACUCUAGAGAGGAGUAUGACGAGUAUGACGAAGAGGAUGCGGGCAUGAACCAGAACGGAUUCCACUAUGGAGAGGAGGACGACGAAGAGGAGAUGGGCGUGAACCGAUUCGACUUUGAGGAAGAUGAAGGUUUGAGGGACUGCGACGACACUCUGAGCGAGAGGCAGUAUCGGAACAACCUGUUCCGACAGCGACUCGAAUCUGGCGAAGAAGAUGACACUUCCCUACCCAACACACGUCGGAGAUACAUGUCUAACGAUGAUGACUUCGAUGGCUACGACGAGACAUCUUUUCGCCCACGCAAGAAGGUUCGCUGGGCUUCACCCGUGUACGAGGAAAAUGACGACGGGUUCUACCAAGCCGACGACGAAGAUGAGGAAGACGAAGAUCAGACAGUCGGGCGAGCCUCAGAGUCCGACGGCGACGUGGACCCUGCCGGCAUCAUCGACCUAAUCAGCAUUUCUAGCGAAGAGAGCGUUGGCAGCGACGACGACGACGGGACCAGCAUAACCAGCGACUCCAGUAUAGAAUUCCUUGGGGAGCGUCCCGCGAAUGCCAAUAUUGAGAACCAUCAUGAUCUGCGAAGCUUCCAAGAUGGCGAGUCGGAAGAUGCCAAGGAUGUCGUCGAAGAGGUUUCGCAGAGGCCCUGCGGCAGAAACAAGAGAAAGCGUGAGAGCAGUGUGGAAGAACUCUUCGGGUUCCGCCGUAAUGUUCUACGCAGGCUGCAGUAGGCCGCCGUUGGCCCAACACACCAGCAUCAGGAACAUCGUGCUGCUGGUUCCGCCUAUCUGGCAGGAGCGAUCCCAGGCUGCUCCUUCCCGCAGCAAAACAAAGAGGUCUCCGAUCUUCUAUCACCGGA